CAUGGCCCCUGGGCCGGACUUUACGGGGGGGAAUCGGUUCUCUUUGUUGGCCGAUUCACCCAAAGCGAAAAAGAAAAGAAAAGAACGUGAAAAAAUUACAUUCGAGUUCCCAGAUCUACCACAAACAUUCAAAGAAAAUCCUAAAUUUGUUGUUUUGGCUGCAGUUGACAGUGGAAAAAACUUAGCCCAAUACUCGUGCUUUUUAGUGCAUAAAGCAAUCCUCGCUAUAAGCAAGGAGAUCACAUCAAUCUCAGCGCUACGCGAUGGCACCAUUUUGCUACUGGUAAAAAACAAUACAAUCGCUCAACGUUUCUUAAAAACAACAACGUUACCCGGAGUAUGUAAAAUUGCUUGUAAACUUCACAACACCCUCAAUCACGUGAAAGGUACUGUUUAUGCUCCCUGCCUCAACAAUGUGGACGAAGAAGAAAUCGUGUCUGAAUUAAGUUCACAAGGUGUAGUAGGAGCAUAUAAAUUUCAAAAAGUUUCCGAUGGGAAAGCUUACCCCUGUGGCGUGAUAUUACUAACAUUCGAUCGAUACAACUUGCCCUCUAAAAUCGACAUAUGUUGGCACAAUGUAAAAGUUAGAGAAUACAUUCCGAAUCCCAUGCGAUGCAAAUCGUGUCAAAUUCUCGGGCAUACUGCUAAACAUUGCAAAAACUCACCCAGUUGUGUUAUAUGUAAUCUCCCACCACACUCACCAGAAAAAUGUACACGUGUCAGUUGUGCUAAUUGCCAAGAGCAACACCCAGCUUCGUCAAAAGAAUGUAAAAAAUUCCAACAGGAGAAGGAAAUAUUAAAAAUAAAAACAACCACAAAAUGUACGAUGCGAGAAGCCAGACGUCUCGCAACCAACUCAGUUCACAGCAACUCAGUUACUCCAACUUACUCGUCUAUCACCGCACAACAAACAAAUACACAAUCCGCACUCACACCCUCCGAACAAACAACAAAUAAUCAAUUGUCUCCAGAAAUUCAACAAAAUAAACAGACACCUUCCAACAAACCAUGCUCUUCAUUCCAUCGAUUCUACAAAUACACAAUCAAUCAGCAACAAUACAAAUUAUACGGCUCUCCAAGGGAAAACACAGACAAAUAAUAAUUACAACAAUAAUGAAACUACACCUUUUUCACUCAACUAUCAAACAAAUUAUCUCAAUUUUCCAUCGCCAUCCGGAUUCACUCACGCAAGUACAAGAGUAAAUAAGCAAACAGAGGUACAGAACUAUAGCUGCUCAACUGAACAAAAUGCUCUUCCAACGACAUCAACAUCAUAUAAUUACUCCAACAACAUCAAUACCAACUUGUCAGAAGUAACGGACACCUAUGCACCUUUAACAACUCUACCAACUGAACUCCAACAUUUACCUCAAUUCUUGAGUCAAUUAAGCUCAAGUCAAUACGACGAACUCGAAGAACAAAACAGCAGCUCACUUAAAUAAAGCCUACAUACAUAUACGUACACAGUAUAGAUAAAAAAACUAGCACAAUCUUAUUUACAUAAAUCUUAUUACAUACAUAUAUAUAUAUAUAUUUCUCACUAUAGUAAUGUUUCUUAAAGUAGUCCAGUGGAAUAUGCAUGGAUAUCUCAACAAUUACGCAGAACUCCAGCUAUUAAUUAAAGACUGCACCCCUGAUAUAAUCUGCAUACAAGAAACCCAUCUGCCCAAUAAUCAUACGCCAACAUUUGCUCCAAAAUCCUAUAAGUCUUAUUUUUAUAAUUUUCCGAACACUCCAAGCCAAGGCAUAGGUAUACUAAUUAAACACCAUAUUCCCCAUUCUCUCAUUCCAACCAAUUGCAACAUUUUGUCACUAGCGAUUCAAAUUGACUUAGCAUUUUCCUUGACAAUAGUAAAUUUGUAUAUCCCUCCACAAGUGCCAGUGCUUAUACAAGACCUCUCGGCCUUAAUUCACAUUCCCGCCACUCUAUUCCUAAUAGUGGGAGACUUCAAUGCCUGGAGCCCGCUUUGGGGUUCAAAAGUGGCUAAUAGUAGAGGAAGAAUAAUAGAAGAUCUGGUGCUAUCUGAAGACAUUAUUGUGCUGAACGACGGUUCCCCAACUCAUUAUUCGACAAGAAAUACGUUCACACACGUAGAUAUUUCAUUAUGUUCAGCUACAUUAUCCACUCGAUGUAACUGGAAAGUAAAUGAAGAUUUAUUUGGUAGUGACCAUUUUCCAAUCCACACAGAAAUACGCACAAAUUUCCAGUUCCCCAAACUCCGCCCGACAGCAAAGUUCAAAACUGAUUUAGCAAAUUGGGAAUAUUUCCAACAGGAGUGUAUGGAAAACUUCGGUACGUGGAGUUUUAAAAAUAUCAAUCAUGAAGCUUCAAAAAUAACUAAGGUCAUCAGAUCAGCCGCUAACAAAUCCAUACCACAAACCAAGCCCUCCAUUAUUAAAAAUCUAGUGCCUUGGUGGAAUCGCAAUCUCCAACAACUACGAAACCAGAAACAAAAGUGCUGGCGUAUCUUCAAGUCUUCCCAAACUAUUUCUAAUCUCAUCGAAUUCAAAAAAGCGAAUUCAGUUUUUAGAAAGCAACUAAGGGAAUCCAAGAGAACUACUUUUCAAGAGUUUACCUCAAAAAUUACACCACUUUGCUCCACCCACAAGAUAUGGUCCAACAUCAAAUCGUUGACUGGCACUCCACCUUCCCGUAUCCGGCUCAUUAGGUCAAAUAAUUCUUUAAUCUGCAAUCCCGUUGAAAUUGCUACAGCUUUCGCCGAUACAUGGUCUAACCUCUCUAAAGACUGUAACUUCUCUAAUGAAUAUAUAUUAAAAAAAUCAGAAAUGUUAAAAUUAAAUUAUACCCCAACAUCUCCCUAUGGUUCAGCCAGUUACCUGGAAGUAGACAUUUCCUUUACCGAGCUGGAAUUUGCGAUCUCCCACGCCAAAGGUAAAACACCGGGAAUUGACCGUAUCUCCUACCCCAUGAUCAAAAACCUACCAUUAAAUGGAAAGAGAAAAUUAAUUGAACUUUACAACAUAAUGCUUGAAAAAGGCCUCUAUCCCCACACUUGGCUCAAUGCAGUCGUCGUACCCAUACCCAAGCCGAAUAAACCCGUUGAUAAAAUUAACAGUUACCGUCCAAUAUCCCUCCUCCCAUGUUUAGCUAAAAUAUUUGAAAAAAUAAUUGCUGCUAGACUCUCAUGGUUCAUAUCACAAAACAAUUUGCUAUCUGCCAAGCAAACCGGAUUUAAGAAAGGGCGCAGCACUAUGGACCUUUUACUUCAAAUUCAACACUUUGCGUUCGAUGCUCUUUCUGUUAAAGGCCAUGCUACUAUUCUAGCCACUGACUUUGAAAAAGCCUUCGAUCGCGUAGGAGUUCACACAGUCCUGGAGCAACUACAACAAUGGAACCUUGGUCCUAAAAUCUUUGGCAUAAUCAAAGCCUUUUUGACCAAACGAAAUUUUUGCGUUAGAGUCCUCAACCAUUUAUCCCAACUUUGCCCUCUACACAAUGGAAUUCCACAGGGCUCACCGCUAUCCGCGGUACUGUUCACCAUUGCAUUUGACCAAGUAAGCAAAAUUUGCGAAAAAUACAAAAAAAUCGACUACGGAAUCUAUGCGGAUGAUCUAUUUGUCUUCACGAGAAUUCCCGACUUAUCUCGCACAAAAGAUAUAUUUUCCAAAAUCCUUAUAGACAUAGACAGAUGGGGUAACACUUCAGGUGCAUCACUAUCAAUCACUAAAUGCAAAACGCUGCACAUCUGUAAAAAACAUAACUGCCCUCCUCUUAACUUAGCAUUCAAAAAUACACAUAUAGAACAACUCAAUAGUUUAAAAAUUCUAGGAAUUAUUUUUGAUCAUAAGCUUGGCUUUAAGACACAUUGCUUAGGUUUAAGAAAAGACCUAGCUGCCAGACUAAGUAUUGUUAAACUAUUAGCAUCAAAGAAAUGUCAAAUUCACACUAACGUUCUAACGAAUGUCACAAAAGCACUAAUUAUGUCGAAAAUUGAUUAUGGCCUGCCAAUCUACGGAUGGUGUGCCAAAAGCAAUCUCCAAAAGAUAUAUUCACCAUACCACUCAGCAGUGCGCCGCAGUCUUAAUGCGUUUCCAACCUCACCAACCAGAGCCAUACUAGCUGAAGCCGGAUUCUCCUCCUUAAAAGAAAGGGUAAAGGAAACCACGCUGAAAUUGGUCCCCCGCCUAAUGAAUACAACAAAUUAUGUGCUAUUUAAUUGUUUUAAAAACAUUUUAACCCACAAGCGGCUGUAUAAACAAAUAUCCGCCCUAAGGCGCUGCGCAGCAUUCGCCAAAAAAUUUGAUAUUCUGCCUCCGAAAACAUGUAACAAACCAUCACGUCAUCCUUGGUGGAUCUUUAAUAAAUCAGACAUAAACGUUUGCCUACAUCAGUAUAAAAAAGCCGCAACUAGUCCUGAAGUUUACAGAGCUCUAUUUCGCGAACAAUUUGAAAAGUAUACUCAAGACAACUGGAGCUUCAUCUACACAGAUGGAUCCAAAACCAAUAAUGUUGCCACAUUCGCCGUAGUUUCCAACACAGGAUUAAUCAUAUCAGGUGGCUGGCUUUUCGGUGGAACCUCAGUCUUCACAGCCGAAGCACUGGCAAUCAAAAUUGCUAUUGAAUAUGCGACAAAACUGAAGGGGAAAUUCGUAAUAUGCACAGACAGUUUAUCACGCUUGAGUGGACUCCAAAGCGUAAACACCUCCAGUAGUCUAAUUAAAAAUAUUAAAGCAGCACUAAAUACUCAUCAUAAAAAGAUCAACUUAUUAUGGGUCCCGGGUCAUGUUGGGAUCCCAGGUAACGAGGCAGCAGAUGCGGCCGCCAAACAAAUCCAUCUCCAACCCUGCCUUACUUUUGCAACAUUUGAAAAACACGAUUCGAUUAGGACGGUUGCAGCAUAUAUUCAAAGUGAGAAAGAUAAGAAUUGGAAUGAAUUUUC